CCUCUCAUGGGUCUGGUCUAUAUAAAUAGCAGAGCUCAACUUCGCUUAAAUAUUAAGGAUUCGACGUAGCAAUUCAGACGUAGCACCUUGCCUGACGCUACCCGGGCCUAUCAUUGUUCCACAUUACGAGGCCUACAUAGGCUUCAAGGUCCCGUCAUCCUUAGUUUCUCCGCGUGGGGACAAGAUCGGUUUCCUUGCAGGCGCUGAGCCCUGUUAACCUGCUUCUCGUAACAGCUUGCUGCGUCACGUCAGCAUUGUAGCCUAGAGGGCCUUAAAGCGGAAUGGAUGUUAUACAGGAAGACGGUGCUAACAGCACAAAUUACGUUGAUUGGGCUUUCCUGCCCCCUACUGCGCUGCAUGUGAUCGGCACGCUCCUGCAAUCGCCUUCGCUUCUAAGAGCAAGGCUUGUAAACAAGCACUGGGCGAGCUGUCUAGCUGGAGUAGUGGACACACUCUACAUCGUACCCGAGUACUUCCUGGCCGAGGAUGGCAUUAAGGAGGUGCAUAGCGCCUUCCCGAAGGCCAAAACAGUUCAUCUGGACGUGCAGGACACGUUUAUGGCAGUUCCCCAGGAUGUUAAAGAAAGCCUAGACCGCUACGCGUUACAGCGCAAGGGACAGCAGUUCCCACGGCCCAACCCGGCAAGUGGUGAUGACAAGGGGUCGGCGUCGGGCCAGACAGCGGAUCCGGGCAGCGUUGCAGCAGGAGGCAAUGUUGCGGAGGCGCAGCAGGUGCCGGGUCAGAAUGCACCCGAGCAGCAGCAGCAGCAGCAACAGCAACAACAGCAGGGGCAGCAACAGCAACAAGGGGAGCAGCCGGAAAUACAGCUGCAGCAGUUAGAGCAGCAGCUACAACUCCAGCUUCAGCAACACGAGCAGCAGCAGAACCCGAUUGCUGCGCUUGCUGCCGCCUUCGCCGCCGGGCUGCUGAACCCCGUACCUGGCCAGGCCGUGCCCGCCCCCGCGCAGGCGCCUGCGGCAGUCCCACCACCACCGCCCACCUUCAAGAUGUCAGCCAUUCCUGCAGAGCCCUACUCCGGCAUCGUCCCAUCCAGCACCACCCACCUCCGCGUGCGCAUGCCUGACCCCCCCGACGUCACCGCGCACCAUGCCGACAUGCCCACCUCCUGGGACUACGUCUCCUCCCUGCUCUCCUCCGUCGGAACGCAGCUGAGCGGCCUCUCGCUCUCCACCGCCCCCGACGCUGCCCACAUCAGCAUGCUGGCCCCCCUCACGCAGCUCACCUCCCUUACCAUGGACGAGGCCUCCCACUCCACCUGGUCCGUUGACCACCUGCCCAUCGUCGGCUCGCUGACCUCCCUGCGCAGCCUGGCCGUCAAGAUUCCGCCCUUCCGCAGCUCCCGUGUUGAGCCCGGUCCUGGCGGACAGCCCGUGCAGCACCCGCAGCAGCCGCCCGCGCUCUCCUCCUGGACGGCUCUGCAGCAGCUGACCAAGCUGCAUGUGUCGGCGCUGCGCUACAGCUUCCACUCCUCCCUGGUGUCUGUGCUGCCCUCCCUGACCAAGCUAGAGUACCUGGCACUGCGGGCGCCUCAGACCCGGUUGCCGUGGCCCGGCACCGACAAGCCGCUGUUUGCCAACAUUGGCCUUCUGACGGGGCUGACCCAGUUGAGCCUGGCGCUGGGGGACCACAACAUGGCGCCGCAAGACUGGCAGUCGCUGACCUCGCUGAGCAGACUGUCCGCCAUCGAGCUGAGCGUGGCGGAGGGCAGCGACGGCCUCAACGUGCCGGGCGGCCUGGACUUCCCCGCCCUGCGCGCCCUCAAGCUGCGCUACCCGAACAGCGUCGACCUGGUCCGCAUCGCGAUGUGGACGGGCGUGCAGAAGCUUGACAUCAAGUUCCCAGAGCACGAGAGGGAGUGGCACCAGGAGGACGCCGCUCAGGGCUUGGAGGAGCUCAUUCCCAAGCUGCCUCCCUCCGCCGGCGCCUCCAUCAUCUCCUCGGUGCUGGACGCCUCCGCCUCCCACCACGUGGGCCCCGUGGAGGUGCGCUCCAGCGGCGGCGUGCUCACCAUCGUGGGGGCUGCGGGUCACGCAGCCGUGCAGGCUGCCGCCUCGGGGCUGCCGCAGCCGCCCACGGGUGCGGACACCAAGCUGGCCUGGUGGUCGCCGCUGCUGCCGCUGCUGGCGCUGCCCAACAUGACGGACUUCAGGUGUUCUGCCAAGGAGGGUCUCGCCAGCCACACCCCCAUCCUGUUUGACAACAUCCUGGCCGGCCUGUGCACCGCCUGGCCCGGCGUCACGCGGCUGUGCUUCAAGGGGCUGGUCAACGUGGUCAGCCAGUCGUCGGGCUGGGACUCCCUGCAGGCGCUCACCAAGCUGCAGCAGCUGGAGCUCAGGCACCACCCGCCUAACAACGGCGAGAACCCUGCCGAGCAUGUGGUUGACCGCAACGGCCGCAACCGCUACGUGCGGGUGGAGCCCAUCAAGCUGCCCGCCACCAGCCUGCCCAACUCGCUGCAGGCGUUGCUUUUGGAGAACGUGGAGCUGCGGCGCAAGGAGACCGACUGCCUGGUGAACCUGACCUCCCUGGAGCGCCGGACCACCUGCCGCCACUUCCCCGAGUUUGAGGGCAUGCCGCUGCAGCGCCUGGUGGUGUCCAACUGCUGCGUCAAGGCCAAGGGCAUCCAGAGCAUCGCCACCGAGUGCGGGGCGCUGACCCACCUUGUGUUCGCGGUGUACAAGGUGACGGAGCCCAACGACCUCAGGGAGCUGCAGAGCGCACUGAGCCUGAUGGUGCGGCAGCUGUCGCAGCUGCAAGUGCUCAAGGUCCGGGUGCUUGCGGGCUGCAUCACGCAGGAUCUGGUUGAGGAGAUGGUGGUGCAGCUGCGUCACCUGCAGCGCCUGAAGCUCACGAGCUCCGAUGGCUGGGCCGACACCGCGCUCUUCCUGCCCCUCACGCGCAUGUCCGGACUGCGCAAGUGCUCGCUCGCCUACUUCAAGAGCGUGGAGGCUGCGAGGCUGCUGCGAGCGGAGUUCCGAGCCAUGCUGCCGUACUGCAAGAUCAAGGCGAAGCACGACACCUAAAUACACGCACAUGCGGGGGUUGUGCGAGCCGAAUGGUUGUGAGGAACGGUUUGUCGUACGGCAGGGUGCAGGGCGCUAAAUGCAUGGACACAACGGGCUAUAGAUGCAUUCGGACUGCAGCGCGUGAGGGGUGUGUUGAAAUGAUGAUACACCCUCGGUGCAAAGCAGACGCUAGGUGGCUGUGCAGAAACGGCUCUUGCGGUUUGGAAGGGUGGAUACCUGGGCGUGGUUGAAAGAUGUGGUUUCAUGGCUUUUCCCUGGCUCUGUUGGGCCCUGUCAGUUUACCGGUAUACGUAGUAGAGGUGCGAAUCCCACCAGUCAGUUUGCCGUAAGGAAUUCCCAAUAGUGUUUUGUAAUAAGUAGGGUACGUGCUGUAGGGUCCAUUGUGAAAUGCGCAGUUUACUUUCCAGCAGCAGCUAGCGCUUGAUUGUGGCACCCGGAGGUCUAGCACCCGGUCACAUGGAACGGCCGCGAUAUGGUGCACGAUUUGUUGCGGCCGAGAUGCCUACUGGCUUGCGUGCAACCAGGGCCCGUGGGUGCUGACCUUGUUGGAAGUGGGAAUGCAGGGCAGUAGAGCUUGCAUGUGGGAAAGGCAUGUGACGGAGUCGUUAAACCGUGCUUCGGCCGGGUCAAUAAGUAGCGACACAACCUGAUACGAGGAUGUGUGAUAGCCCAUACGGUAGCCCCACCGGCGUCGUAGGUGGGGGUGGGUAAGUAAGGCAGUUUCGUGCUGUUACAUUGUCGGUUAUGCUGCAGGCUAUGGGUGUCAGAGCAUGAAGGCUGGGCGGCAACAUAUUGAUGCGGACAGUUCGGACAGCCCUGCAUUGCAAGAAACUUGGAGAAGGUCUUCGUUACAUGCACUGUGCUGGCGAGUUCAAAGUCUCUAGGCCUCCUCCAUUCUUCCAGGUGUAUCCGGGUGUUACUUGGCGGUAUGUUUCUGGGGGGGGCCUGACUAGCAGAGGCUUGUCCGUAAGGGUUGCCCUUUUGCAUGCGCAGGGCCAGUCCACAAUAUGAUAAAACUGUGUGUGUGGGCGAACGCCCUUCCAACCCCAAUCACGGUGUGAAUAACUUUUUGUGGUACGUCCGCAGUCUUUGAUGUCGUUUUGCAUUGGCCACAUAGUUGCACUACGCCAUGCCCGCACCGAGGAUACCGAGCGCAAGGUUUUUAAUUGUCGCGGUGCAACACCAACAUUUGCUGUGUCCGGAGGUGCUCGUUGGUACGGUUUGCUAUGCCUGGUGGUGCCCUGUGUAGUGGCUGUUGCUUAUCAACACCAGUGGGUUACUUGUGUGGCACGCGCGCCGCGUAGUCUAUUACGGGCGGUUAGAACGAGUAGACUCUUUUGUAUCGGCCGCCAUGGUUUCCAGUGUUUUCGGGACAUGUCCGUAAGGAUUCUGGGGUGUUUUUGUUCAGCGUUACAG